AUGGACACCGAACCGGAGCCCGCCUGUGUUGUGCAGCAGGCUCCCUGCCCAGGCAUGAAGCGCCCACCUGCCGAGGACUUCCCUCCGCAGAUGAGACUGGCUGAGAAGAUACCGCCGGAGAAGCCGUGCUUCAAGAAGGAGCAGCAAGCGCAGAAGAGACUGGACACGGAAACUCUGCGGGCUUUGCGGCCAAUCUUUACCAGUUUGCUGGGGGCUGGGACCUUGGAUAGGGUCUUUGUGCCCCGAGGCCAAGGCGGCGGUCAUAGCGAUUUAUGUGAACCUGCUGUGAAAAAGACUCUGGAACUCGGUGCUGCUUGCCCCCAGCCAGAAAGCAGCGUGACUGUGCUGGUGCCGACAGCCCCGGAUGUGCAGAGCCCAUUGCCAGGAGCUCGUCCUUCCUCUGGGCAUCCCGAGCAGGCUGGCCAGUCAGGAGAGCAAGGCUUGUCACCAGAAGCUGUUCCUGAAACCGCUGCUGAUGACAGGAAUGAAUCAUUCCGGGAUCACCCUUUGCACCCAGCUGCCAGCGAUGGGGCAGCUUGUCCUUUGUUCCCAGGCAAGAUUCUGGAGAGCUACACAUCUGGCUUAUUCCAAGAGAGCAGCUGUCCGACGCAGUACGGUUUGAACGCAAGCAAUAAAUUCAGUGCUGGGAUAUUCCAGGACAAAAGCGAAGAAGCUUCUCUCGACCUGGUAUUUGAGCUCUUGAACCAGCUGCAGUAUCACACCCAUCAGGAAGACGGCAUAGAAAUCUGUGUGGAUUUUCUCCAGGGCACUUGUGUUUAUGGCAGCGACUGCCCCAAACAUCACACGGUCUUGCCUUACCAUUGGCAAGUGAGAAGGACAGCAACCCAGAGCUGGCAAAGCGUGACCAAUGAUUCCCAGGAGCACCUGGAAAGACUGUACUGCAACCCUGACAACGACAGGAUCAAGGUGAAAUCCCGGGGACAUGAGUUUUGGGUGGAUUUGAACAUGAUGAAAUUAUAUGAACCCCUUGAGUUUGACCAAAUGCGGCGUCUGUCCACACCUUCCUGCCCCAGCUCCAGCUCCAGCUCCUACACGGUCUGGAAGUACUUCUGCAGGGACCACUUUGGCUGGAGAGAAUACUCCGAGCCUGUUGUAAGACUGAUAGAAGAAGCCAGCUGCCGGGGUCUGAAGGAGGUUCGGUUUGUUACCUGGCAUAAUCAGUACAUCUUAAACAUCAAAGAUGGAUUCCAGCAGAACGCCUGUUUCAGGAGAGAAAUCAAGAGGAGACCCCUGCUUCGCUCGUGCGUUGCGCUGAUGCCGUUUUUACAGACCUUAGGCGGCAACUCGCCGGUGCCCUCGCCGCCAGCUGAGCCGGCUUCCCCGCAUGUCCUGUCCCCGGCUGCUGUUACCUCUCCCAACUUCUAUCCCGAAACCUGGAUCAGUAUGGACCCGUCUCAGGACUUCAUCCAAGUGCCUGUUCUGAAGGAAGACCGAAGCUACAGAACCAUUUAUAACCUGUUCCACAAGACUGUGCCAGAGACCAAAUACAAAAUCUUGAAAAUUCUGAGAGUGCAGAAUCAGUUUCUGUGGGAGAAAUAUAAAAGGAAAAAGGAAUACAUGUCCAAAAAAAUGACCGGCCUCGACAGGAUCAUGAACGAGAGGCAUUUGUUCCACGGCACCUCCCAGGACGUGGUGGACGGCAUCUGCAAGCACAACUUCGAUCCGCGCGUCUGUGGGAAGCACGCCACCAUGUUCGGGCAGGGCAGUUACUUCGCCAGGAAGGCCAGCUACUCCCAUAACUUUUCCAAGAGGUCACCCAAGGGCGUCCAUUACAUGUUCCUGGCGAAAGUCCUGACGGGCCGGUACACGGUGGGCAACCACACCAUGAGGCGCCCGCCGCCGGUGAACCCCGGCAGCAUCACCAGCGACCUCUACGACUCCUGUGUGGACAAUUACUUCGAGCCGCAGAUUUUUGUCAUUUUUAACGAUGAUCAGAGCUACCCGUAUUUUAUUAUCCAGUACGAAGAGGUUAGCAACACUGUCUCCAUUUGAAAACUUGAGCUGCUGCAUUACUCGGUUUAAUAAACUCUCCCGCCCGGCAUCGGGAGCGGUUUUUGUGGAAAAAAAACACGGACCUUGCCGAACUGAGGAAAUGACUUGCUUGGAAGGAACUAAAUCUCAAAAAUAGAGAAAAGCAGAUCUGGAGUGACCAACUGUGCACUUGCUGUUUGAUUAUGUGUGUGCAAAUUGUAAAUAUUUUUCCAUUGUUUAUAGUUGACAAUCUGUGCCUUUUGUUAUAAAACACUGUUUAUUUAUGUUAGUAAAUAUUCAUGUUUAAA